AUGCAGUACCUUAGCUGUCCUAACCCCACUGAGGCUGCGGCUAGAAUGCAACGUGUCCUGUCAAGUGAGGCUUCAGGCCUAGUGGAUGCAACAGCAGAUUCCAUCCUAGCUGCAGAGUUAACCCCGAGAAAAUCACUCUCACCGUGGGAGAGAGGUAUAAAAUCAGUAAGUCCAGUUGCAAACAACUCCCUCUUUGGAUUAAGACCGGACCAAAUCUUCAGCCCUAUACCUCAACCUCCGACAGAUCUGGGACUUGAUCCAUACUACAGUGAUGCUCCUGCUCAAGUUAACUUCCUGUCCCCCAGAGAAAAUAGUGAAACACCUGCUCGGCUCAGGUCACUAAUCAUUUCCCCUCAUAUGACAGCUGACGAUGCCCCUCCAUUGAACCCUCGAAGGCCUGUUUCACGGGAGGAAACUCCUAUCAAUGAAAGACAGACAAAAAGGCAAAGGAGGAUAUCGACUAGACAAUCAAGAAAGAGGAAACAGUAA